CUCCUUCGCACUAGUGGUGCCUUGGCGUUUAUUGCGCGCCGCCAUUAUUCUUGUGCAUUGAGGUCGAAAAACCGGUGGCGGAAUGCUAGCGAUGGUGGUGAUGACUAAAGCAGCAACAAUAAAGGCAAGAAGAAUAAUAAAAUUGUUGUACAUGUGUUGGCGACUGACACAGGCUUUUGUUGUUGUUCAUUUGAGCGCGUGAGCAUACAAAAGCACUCACUCAAAUGGCACGGCAAAUUGGCUCGAACAGGCUAACAUCUACAGCGGGCGGUUGUUGGUUAAUUGAAGCGGUGCGCGGUGGUGUUUUGGCGGUGGCGCAUUGAGUCGAAUGGCGUAACGCAAAGCCGCCACAACUAGUUGAGAUGGAAUUUGUUAAUUCAGUGCGCCGAGUUCGGCUUUCGUGUGUGGAUCGUGUCGUUGUAUGAAAAAUAUUCAUGAUUACGCUCAGUGCGGACGCGUUAUGUGAAAUCAAAGUUUGCAAUAAUAAAAUAAAAUUACAAAAAAAAAAAAAAACAACGCGAUUGAGAAGACACGAAAAUAAAGCGUGAAAUAUGGAAAAAAGUGCAUAAUAAUAAAAACUAUGUGUGUAUUAGUAAAAAAAUUAAUGUAAAAACAUUGACAGCUUAGAAAUUAAAAAAAAAAUUAUAAUAAUAUAAAAAAAUUAAAAAAUAAUAAUAAACGAAAAUAAAUUCAAAAAUAAUUAAUAAAAAAUGAAAUCAAUUAAAAAUUAAAUAAACAAAAAAAUUUACCAAAACUUCAAAAGUGCACAAAAAUUGUAAGAAAGUAGAGUAUAAAAAAAACAUAUAUUCAAACUAACGCACAUUUCUUACUUUCGCUAAACUGUACUUAUAUUAUAUGCAUAUAAUAGCGCGCUGUGUUGUUGUUUUUGUGCGUUAAUGCGUGAUUGUGCAUGCCUUAUCACCACAAACAGUUACUAUAACUUAAAUGCAUAAUUACAUACAAACACUGCUGCUUAUAACUUAAAUGCAUAAUUACAUACAAACACUGCUGCUUAGUAUGUAGCUUCUUGUGUAACUCUUCAAGUAUACUCCCUAAGCAACUCCCACAAAAUAAUACGCAUAUAUAACUAUAAACCUAAGAAUCGUGAAAAAUUACUCCCAAAGCUGCAGUGCUCGCUUGGUCAUGUUGAUUGAACCGGGUAUUAAUCAUAAAUUUGGAACAUUGGCCGCCGCAAAUACGAGCAUACCAGCGCAUUGGAAAAUGGAACCACCAAGAAUACCAGCCUUAGCGGGUACAGGUGGUGCGCCCACAAUACCGCCACAAUGCAAUAUCGGCCUGCCACCCUCUGUGCAAAUACCGGGCGCUGCAAUCUUCGGAGCCGGUGGCUCACCAUCGCCCACCACGCUGAAUGCGCUCAUGUCCCAACAGCGUUUACUCGAGUUGUCUCGUUUCGGCGGUCUACGCGGUUACGAUAUAGCUCAGCAUAUGUUGUCGCAACAGGGUGCUGUCUCCAAGCUACUAGGCUCACUGCGUCCACCUGGUCUAAUUGGUGGCUCCAAGCCAAAAGUCGCCACACCAACAGUUGUCUCAAAGAUCGAACAGUACAAGCGCGAGAAUCCAACAAUAUUCGCAUGGGAAAUACGCGAACGGUUGAUAUCGGAAGCCGUUUGCACCAACACCACCGCACCUUCGGUUUCUUCCAUCAAUCGCAUAUUACGCAAUCGUGCCGCCGAGCGUGUGGCCAGUGAAUUUGCACGCACCGCCGCCUACAGUCUCUAUCCUCCACAUCCAUAUGGUGGAUUUACUUGGCAUCCCUCUGCCGCAGCGGCAGCUGCAGCAGCCAAUGCCCCGGCAGCUGCGCACUUUUGGCCCACACAAGCGACGGGUCCAACGCUUACGACGCUACCACCGUCGGGUAGCGGUAAUAGCGGCGGUUUAAGCAGUAAUAUGGGUACCAGCAGUGGCUCAGGUGGUCUGUUGACAACAAAUAAUCGUGCAAUAUCACCUGGUUCGGGUAGUCGGGACACGUUGGAGUCACCUGAUGAUAGUCGACAUGUGGACUCGGACUACUUGGACGAUGAUGAUGAGCCGAAAUUUCGUCGCAAUCGCACAACUUUCAGUCCAGAGCAAUUGGAGGAGCUAGAGAAGGAGUUCGAUAAGAGUCAUUACCCAUGUGUGAGCACGCGAGAGCGUUUAUCGAGCCGUACGUCGUUGAGUGAGGCACGAGUGCAAGUUUGGUUUUCCAACAGAAGAGCGAAGUGGCGCCGCCAUCAGCGCAUGAAUCUGUUGAAGCAGCGCUCCAGCCCCUCCGGCCAUCCACACAUUCCGCAUUCACAGCCGUCGCCCGAAAGCAACAACAACAACAACAACAGCUACAGCAGCAGCAACAAUCACAACAGCAACAGUCUCAAUCACAGUCACAGUCUCGCGCCGCCAGCGACGAUGGGCGUGGCCGCUUCACCGACCUCCAGCUGUCACAGCAACAGCAACACCUCUACAUGUGCGGGCGCGGACCAAUUGCAAUCGCACCACCACCACCACCACCACUACACGCAUGGCGGUCAAGCGUCGUCGGCGACGGCGGUGAAUUCGUCAGCGAGCGAAUUGGAAUUGCGCGCGCACGGACAUCAUUUGACACACCAUGCGCCGCAUCAUCCCCCGAACAGCAAUGCGGCGACCAUGUUGUUGAAUCACUACAGUCAACAACAACAGCAGCAGCAUCAUCAUCAACAGUACGCUGCCAAAGCGCAUUAUGCAGCGGCGGCGGCGGGCGGUCAAUUGCAACACCCAGCGGCAGAACCGAGUGCAGAAAGUGCUGCCUCGGUGGCGGCGCAACAGCAACAACAUCCGUUGGCAGCAACGCUGGCGGCAUCAUUGGUGACAUCUCAGCAACAACAACAACAGCAGCAACUCAGCACAUCGCCCACAGCAUCAGCGCCAUUAUCAAUGGGCGGUGAGCAUAGCGCCUUCCGCUCGCUGGUCGGCUCACCCUCGGCGGCGGCGUUCGCGCACUUGGUGCGCCAGUACGCGGUGGCGGCGACAUUGUCAGCGAAUGCUGCAAGCAUGGGUGAGGAGCUGAAACAACAACACCAGCAACAGCAACAUCACCACCAACAACAACAACAGCUAGUGACGGUGGACGACUCUUCCGAGGAUUCGGAGGAGGAGAUCAACGUGCACGACGACUCCGACGAUGAGUUGGAAGUAGUACGGCGCACGCCACGCACCAGCGCCGCAGACCAAAAUAAUGGCUACAGCAACAACAACAAACAUAAUGACAACACGAGCACUAGCAAUAACAAUCCAAUGAGUGAAAUGUCGCCGACGAGCAACAAAGCGCCACUGCAACUCACCAAGCACGAUCGCUGAGCGCGCGCCGCAAGCUCCAUUCUAAUCGCGUGAAGCAGGGCGUUGCGCGCACGGAUUACAUUACAAAUAAAUUUGACAAACCUGACUCGGAGGCGCGCUUGUGAUUGACACAUCGGUACCGCCAGUGUUGGUAUGUAAUAGCAGCGUCAUGGCGGCGAGUGAAGGUAAGAAUUACUUUGUCUAUUGUAAGACACCGCUAACCGUGUGCUGGCCGCUUAAUUAUGAGCGUAACAUGAAACUUGGCGGACGCAAGCUGCAUGCUUUGUACUAAGCGCUGCAAUGCAAAAAAAAAUAAUAAAAAUAAAAAAAUUAAAACAAAUAUGCACAUAGAUUUACAUUUAAAUGAGCGUGUUCGCUUUGCAAAAAUUAUAACAAACAUAGCAGACAAUUUGAAACCAAAGUAAUUAACGAAAUCGUACAACAUUACAACGAGCGUGCGCGUGCUACUUAAUGUAGGUUAUAAUAUAAACUGACAACAGCAACAACAUUAGUAGAAUGCCCAGUAAGAAAAUUUAAGGCUUGGAACUAUUCCAUCUAGAAUUGGCACUAGUCUUUUUUGACAUAAAAAUUAAAGUAUUAACAAUGACGCCUGGUAAACAAAUAUAAGGCUUCGAACUAUUACGUUUUGAUUUAGCACAAAUACUUUUGAACUUUCUAUUAAAAUUCUUUAUAAAUAUAAAAUUAUCAACAAUAUUGAAUAUAAUAAAAAUGUCUAGUAGGAAAAAUGAUGGCUUCGUUCUUACUAUUAUUUUUUUAUCUGGCUAAGAUUAUUUUUAAUUUUAAAUUAACAUUGAUAUCAAUUUUAAAAGAAAAGAGUAAAUUAUAUAUCUAUUAGCACAUCUGGUUCUGAAAUGGUCCCUUUUAAAUUACUUAGCUUUUUUGAUUUAUCGCCUCAGGGCUACAUUUUCAUUUAUAUUAGUCUCGUUUAAUUAGGCUUUUUCUUUACUUAAAAAUUCAAAGUAGUCGUUCGUUACAGUACAGGCCCUAUAAAUGAUACAAACAAUCUACUUGGUAUAUGUAAAAUAUUUCAAACGCCAUUGUAGUAGCAACAAGGUUGUGGAUUACAUUUAUAAAUUGAGGAAGGUUAACCUAGUACUAACCAAGUCCUUCCUUAUUUUGGGUAAUUUUCUCUUUUUUUAUUAUAGUCAAGAACCACGAUUGUUUUUGUUGUAAUCGUAAAUAGCGGGACCUACUGAAAGUUAGAGAUAUGUGUUUGUCUCUUUAAAUCAAAAAUCUGACUCAAAUCUGCACACUAUAAUUGUACAUUAUAUGGUCUGUAUUUGAGUAUGCAAUUAAGUCGACAAAUAAAGCACGAGGAAUUUUUCAAAUUAGCAAACGAUUAAUCUAUAGCGAACGAUUAGCCGCUACAAUGUCUGAGUUGAUGAAUUCACUUCACUAGAGUCGGUUUUCGCUACUGGGUUACUAUAGAAAAUGCACAAUGUUGUUGUUGUUAGUUAUAAAAAAAAUUUCUAACGAAGAGUGCGGCUAUUUUGUUAAAUAGCCAAUAAAAAUACAAAAAAUAAAUGGAAAUUGUCGUUUGGCGGCAUUUCGUAAUAUCAUAUAGCUAGAAAAAAUAACUACAAAAAAUAAAUAAUUAAAUAUAAUACAACCCAGUACUAAAUAUGUGUUAAAUGUAAAAAAUAUAUAUAAAUGUGUAAAUAAAUAAUACAAAUUUCCUAUUUUUGUUUACACUAUUUUGAAAAUUACGGUACUUAAAUUUAAAAAAAAAUUAAAUUUUUAUCUGCAUAUGUAUAUGGCAAUAUUUAUUGAGGAAGUUAUAAUAAAUCUUAAUAAAAAUACACCUACAUUUGCAUGUAUUUAUAAAAAAUUUCCCUUUAACCCUUAUAACACCGAAAUUUUUAGAAAAAAUUAUAUCGACGUAGCUUUUUCUACCUACAAAGCGUUAUUAACUGUAAUUUAAAACAAAUUUAACUUUUUUCUCACUAAAAAUUGCAUUAGUUUAGAGUACCAACUCAGCAUGUAUAUAAAAUCCAUUAAAUAUUUACAUUCCUGUCAAAGCGUGUACCAGUUGUAAGCAAGAAUUGCUAAAAUCAAAAAGGUUGUUAUUAAAAAAAAAAACACAAAAACAAUUGCAAUAAUCAACUUUAACUAA